AUGUCAGAAAAGAAGGAUGAGGUCUCUCCAGUGCGAGACCUCAGUGUCGAUGAAGGCCACAUUGUCGCUGAAAAGCAGAUGCGCGACAUAGGCGCAGACCUCUACCUCGAAAUCUGCAUAACCUACACGAUCCAAUUCCUCGACAAACUCUCCCUCAACUACGCCAACGCCUACACCCUCACGCCCGACCUCGGGCUCCAAGGCCAGCGCUACUCCUGGGUCGCCGCCAUCUUCAACUUCGGUUACCUCUUCUGGGCGCUGCCCGCAAACUACCUGAUCCAACGCCUGCCCGUCUCCAAAUAUACCGGCUGCAUGAUCCUGAUCUGGUCGCUACUUCUCUGCUGCCACGUCGCCGCCAAAAACUACGCCGGCAUGCUCGCCCUGCGUUUCUUUCUGGGUAUGUUCGAAGCCAGCAUCAGCCCCGCGAUUAUGAACAUCGUGAGUAUGUUUUACACGCGCAGCGAGCAGCCGUUGCGCAUGUGUAUCUUCCUGGCAUUCAACGGCGUCGCGACGAUGAUCGGCGCGUUACUCGGAUACGGGCUGGGCCACGCGCACUCGCCGCAUAUCAAGACGUGGCAGCUCAUUUUCCUCGUCAUCGGGCUUGUUAACUUCGUCUGGGCGUGGGUGUUUCUCUGGGUCAUGCCGGAUUCGCCGUCAACUGCAAAGUUCUUGACGCACAAGCAGCGGAUUGUCGCGAUUGAUCGCAUUGCGGGGAAUAUGAUUGGUGUCAAGACGAAGACGCUCGACCGGUCACAGGCCAUAGAAGCACUGCUGGAUGUCAAAGUCCACUGCCUGAUGCUCAUUGGCCUGGGUUGUGGCGUGAUCAACGGCGGCGUGUCGAAUUUCGCAUCCAGUCUGAUUCGCGGCUUUGGAUUCUCAGGAAUUUACGCGACGUUGUUGCAGCUUCCCACCGGGGCGAUUGAGUUCGUCGUCGUCCCGUUGUGUGGGCUGGCAGCUGGGUAUUUCAAGAAUACGCGCUGCUUGAUACUGGCAUUGAUUUGUCUGCCGCCGCUGGCAGGAUUGCUGGGCAUUCGACUCACGCCGUUGAGUCAGCGGUGGAGUCUGGUUGGGUGUACAUGGUUGCAGUAUAUUGUUGGCGCGCCGGUUAUUUUGUCGUGGAAUUUGCUUACGACGAAUAUUGCUGGGCACACGAAGCGCAGUACGGCGAAUGGGCUGUGGUUCUUGUUUUACGCGGCGGGGAAUAUUGCGGGAGCGAAUUUGUUCUUUGCAAGGGAGGCUCCGAGGUACUUCUCUGCGCUUACUGGACUUAUCGUAUGUUAUUGCGCCAUGGUCGUCAUUGCGGGGUUCCUAGCGGGUUGGAUGUGGAUGGAGAAUAAGAAAAGGGAUAGGUUAUACGGUGUUGCUGAGGACGAACAGGCUGUCGAAGAUGGGUUCAGGAAUCAGACGGACGGGCAGGCGAAGCAUUUCAGAUAUGCUUUGUGA